CGCCCCUUUUGCUAUUUAUUCAUGACUCGCGCAGAUGCUCAUAUACAGGAGCCAUUUUGACAUCUUUCUCAGACGACGCCAAACCAUACAGAGAUAAUCCAAGAUGUCUGACGAAGGGAAGCUUUUUGUUGGAGGAUUGUGUUUUGACACAGAUGAAACUUCACUGGAAGAGGCGUUUUCCAAGUAUGGAAACAUUGCUAAAGUCGAUGUUGUCAGAGACCGAGAGACGCGGCGGUCCAGGGGUUUCGGCUUUGUGACUUUUGAAAACCCUGAAGAUGCCAAAGACGCAAUGGUUGCAAUGAAUGGCAAGUCUGUCGAUGGCAGAAUGAUCCGUGUGGAUGAAGCAGGCAAGUCGGGAGGAAGAUCUGACCGUGGUGGUGGUGGUGGCGGCAGCUUCAGGGGGGGUUCUGGUGGCUUCAGGGGCGGUUCUGGUGGCUUCAGAGGAGGCAGAGGAAGAGGUGGUGGCGGCUAUGGUGGAGGAGAGAGAAGCUAUGGUGGAGGAGAGAGAAGCUAUGGUGGAGGAGAGAGAAGCUAUGGGGGUGACAGAAGCUAUGGUGGCGGAGGAGGAGACAGAAGUUACAGUGGUGGCUACAGGAGUGGUGGUGGAGGAGGAUACUCCUCUGGGGGUGGCAGCGGAGGUUACAGAGAGGGCAGGAGUGGAGGAGAUGGUGGUUACGGUGGCCGCUCUGGGGGAUCCUACAGAGACAGCUAUGACAGCUAUGCUACACACGAGUAAAAACAAAAACAAACUUCCUGAUUGCAAGAUCGUCCCUUCGCUGGCUGUUUUUUAAAAGAUGCUCUCUUCGAAGACAAUUUUUCCUUCUGUUUGUGGUAUCUGGUUCUAGUGUUUUCUUUAACAAACUUGGCAGUACCUUUAGUUUUUUUUUUAUUGUGUUGAAAGUGUUCUACAGGAUCUCUGUCAUCCUGUAGCGUUUUAUUACUGUAAGCCUUGACGCUCACUAAGGGUCUUAGUACCUUAAGUUCAGUAUGCCCUCCUGGUGUUGCAGGAAGAAUGGACACUGGGAGAAUCAAAUUAGAUCAUUAAUGGCUUUAUUUGCAAUGAAACCUGUUUCCACCGUUGAAUCGUAAUCUGUUCAACACAGCCUGAUAGCUUCUAAGACAAAUUCAGUCUUGACCAUGUUCCUGCUCAAUCGGAAGACUCAAAUAUCAGUAGUGACAUGUUUCCAUUUAAGCUUAUUUUUAACUGGAGUUGUGAAUUCUGGUCUUUUUAACAAAACGAUCUAUGAAAUUUACACUAGAAGCUUGACAAGCUGUGAUGUGCUCCUUCAGUUCUGUAAUGCAUUCCUUUAGUGUAACAAGGUAGGAAUGCUAAGUGGGAGCACCGGUUUCCAGCAGACCACCUUGAUAUUGCUAAAGACUUGUAAAUACUCAGUAUCCAAAGAGUGAAUGACUUUGACUGGCGAACCAACUUCAUUUAAUUGAAAGGCAUACUAGGUGUUUGCAGCCUUCUGCAGUUGGCCUAAGGUACUUUGCUCUUCUCAAACGUGCAUAAUAUGCUCGACGAUGGACUGAACAUUCACGAUCACUCAAUGUUACUUCAAGGAUAUGUGCUCUCUGUUCUGUGUACAAACACCUCUAUUUUUUUUGUAUAUCCUGGCUUCAUGAAGCCUAUUAAACAAUCCGUUGAAAAUG